AAGGGGGAGGGUCUCAGGAUAGGCCAGAAGUGUUCUGGGAGAGCUGCUGAUGUAUUAAAAGAAAUGAGCAAACCAGUCUGGAGGGACUCUAGUGAAUGGCCACUUCAGAGACAAGGCACAGCAGAGCACUCAGCAGGGAAGCUGCUCUCUGAAAGGUGACUCUUGCUGCAGGAUGUGGAAGCUCCUCACCGUGCUGCUGGCUGCCUGCUCUUCGUGGGGCUGCUGCACCUCAAUAUUUUACAGUGGUAAAGAGGCAAACCAAGUGCUGAGAAUCCAGAAGCGGGCAAACACUUUCCUGGAGGAGCUCAAGCCAGGCUCUGUGGAGCGUGAGUGUGUUGAAGAGGUCUGUGACUUUGAGGAGGCCAGUGAGAUAUUUGAAACCAAGGAAGCAACACUAGAUUUUUGGAGCAAGUAUGUAGAUGGAGAUCAAUGUGCACAACAUCCUUGUUCCAAUGGGAACUGCAAGGACAAUAUUGGAAAAUUUUCCUGCGUCUGUAACAAAGGCUGGGAGGGGGCUUUGUGCAAUUACGAGGUGAAAUACAGCAACUGUUCCGUGGACAACGGGGGCUGUGAGCAUUUCUGCAGGGAGGACCCUGCCCAGGAGCACCGCUCGUGCAGCUGCGCCUCGGGGUAUCAGCUGAAGGAUGACCACACCUCGUGUGAGCCUGUAGUGGAGUUCCCCUGUGGAAGAGUGAAGUUGGACUACCUUGAAAACAACGUAGACUUCAAGAUUCGGCUCAUUGAUGGAACAGUUGGAAGAAGGGGAGCGAGCCCUUGGCAGAUUAUGCUGCAAAAUACCAAAGGGAAGUUUCUGUGUGGGGGUGUUCUCAUCCAUCCAGCUUGGGUCCUAACAGCAGCACACUGCCUUGAGGAACACAAGGGGUUCAGAGUUAAACUUGGUAAAUUCCGUUUCCGUCCAGAGGCAGACGAGCAAACCAUUUGGAUUGACAAAUGGGUGACCCAUGAGAAUUACUCCAAGCAGACCUCAGAUAAUGACAUAGCCAUGCUGCACUUGUCCGAGCACGUGAUGUACUACAAGUACGCGCUGCCGAUCUGCCUGCCCACGCGCGGCCUGGCGGAGCAGCAGCUGAUGAGGAGCGGCAGGCAGGCGGUGGUGACGGGCUGGGGCAGCACCAGCGAGCGCAACAGCAGCUUCGCCGCCUCGCUGCGCUACAUCGAGAUCCCCCUCGUGCCCCGCAACGAGUGCGCCCAGGCCAUGAGCUUCCCUGUGUCUGACAACAUGCUGUGUGCCGGCAGCCUGGGGGACAGGAAGGAUUCCUGCAGCGGGGACAGCGGGGGGCCCAUGUUCACCAGAUACAAGGAUACGUGGUUUUUGGUAGGACUGGUGAGCUGGGGGGAAGGCUGCGGGAGAAGGGAGAAAUUCGGAGUCUACACCAAAGUUAGUCAGUACCUUGAGUGGAUCCAGCACCACAUAGAUACGUCAGCUCCUUUGAAGGGUUGAUUCUGACCCAGGGUCUGGGAUGUGGCUCUGUGCUAGUGGCAGUAUGCAGUGUGAUGUACUGUCAGAUCUUCAGUAUUAAAUAUUGAGUAUGUGUUAA